CCAAUCACAGUCCGUACGUUUUGAGCGACGCGUCCAUCCACCAAUCAGAAACCUAUCUGCGCGCGUAACGUCAGCACGUAUUUACUAUUUGUCAGAUUUGGACUUUCGACUCCGUGGUGGCGCCUCUAAAAGUAAGAAUACGCUGGACAACAAUGGUGAAGAUUUUCAUUGGUAACCUCUCUCAGCACGCUGGGAAGGAUGAAGUUGAGGCUCUGUUUACCCAGUAUGGCAAAGUGACAGAAUGUGCCAAGUACAAAAACUAUGCUUUUGUCCAUAUGGAAGACCGCAAAUCUGCUACCAAAGCCAUCCGUGAGCUCCAUCUGUAUAAGUUGAGUGGUAGGCCCAUCAAUGUGGAGCUGAGCAGAGGGAAGAACCAGUCCCCCCCUGUUAAGCUCCACAUUGCCAAUGUAGAAAAGGGAUCUGAUGAAGAGCUCCGCGCUCUCUUUGAAGAGUACGGCACAGUCACAGAGUGCUCCAUUGUCAAGAACUUUGCCUUUGUGCACAUGGCCAAUCAUGAGGAGGCCAUGGAUGCCAUAAAAGGCCUGGACAACACAGAGUUUCAAGGAAGUCGCAUACAUGUUCAGAUAUCAAAAAGCAGACCCAGAGGGGAACCCGAGGAGGAGGACUAUCCACCUCCGCCAGGCAGAGGAGGCUAUUAUCCUCCUCGCUACCCAGGGGAGAGGCCUGAGCCUCCCUACAGAGGCCACAUGUCCGCUUACCCUCCUCCGCCUCCGCCACCCCCUCCUCCGAGACGGGCACUCUAUCCUGCGCGUGGCUAUGGCGAACGAGACAGCUACGGGCUGGUUGAUUACUAUGAGAAAUACAGAGCCCGUCCUUACAGUGCCGAGGGCUAUGAUGAUAGGCGUGCCAUCCCCCCUCCUCCUCCUCCUCCCUCAGCACUGGUUAGAGAACGUCUUGGAAUGGGGUCCCUUGACCCAUAUGAACGCCGCCCGCUUCCACACGCUCCUCCAUCCUACAUGGUCAGGGACCGAAGCCCCAUCAGACGAGCCCCCCUUCCACCUGCUCCGUCAGCCGGUAACGGGUACUCCUAUGAGCGGUCCCGGCUCUCUCCAAUGUCCAGAGUUCCAAUGUAUGCAGCAGCUCCCCGCCCCAGGGACUCCUUUUCGGACAGAGUGCCGCCGCCGCCACCACCACCUCGCUAUGCAGGCUAUUAGGCACCCGAGUGUAAUAGAAGGUUUAGAAUAUGACAAGAUCGUCGUCGUCUGCUGAUGCAUGUGGUGCUAUACACCCUCCUUGUCUAUGGCGGAUUGCGUCGCGUUCGCCUGAGACUUACUGGAAGAUUCUGUAUUGCGGAGAGCCCCGUACUUUAAAACAUAGGAUUCCAUGUCUACAGUUCACGUAUUCAUCUGAGCUGUUUAUGCCUUUUCUGUUCCUCUGCUUGAUUUACUGUUUAAAGUGUUUUUCAGAAUAGGAUGCUGGUUUAGGUGCCUUAAUCUACUCCAGUGUGAUGCAGUGCUGCAAAACUUAGUCUUUCUAAAUGAAUAAGGCCUCUGGGAAACUGAUAUAAUAUUAUAACAAGGGAAGAUCAUUGUGUUCAGACUAAGGUUGGUGGGUGAUCACAAAAUGUUCAUCAAAAUCAGUUUAAAAAAUCAGUGUAGAAGUGCUUUAAUAUAAUCCUUGGUGUGGCAGGUUGUACAAUAAUCUCUUAAGAUUUGCGACAUAUGUUAGCAUGACAAAUCAAAAGUUUCAGUGUGGUUUUGUUCUUUUUACACUUUGUGUUUAUCUUUUCUUGCGAAAACAGAAUCUAUAGCACCGUUAUGUAUGAUUUUUAUUCACUUCACAAGUUGCUUUUUAUUUGAAAGCUUUUUAAAUAAACGACUGAAACCAAAAAUGGCGUUUUAACUGUCAAAUUAUUCCACCCUGGGUAGGCCUUUUUAGCCCAAACACUUUAUUCUCCAGAUCAGUUAUAUCUAGUAAUACCCAGGCGUUUGACUCAUAACACGCUUUCAGUUUAAUUCUCCACACCCUUGAGUUAUCAGCUUGACACAUGGUAGGUGAUGCUCUCUGUCCUGUUCAUUGCAAGUGAAAAUGAUUGAAAAUGUGUGUUUUUAAAAUUCUUGUUUGCGAAACAACGCUGAAAUCUUGUGUUGAUGCGUGUUCAUCUGAGCUCUCGUAAUCUCCACGACUUGAUGGAGGUUAAAUUGAUCACUGUUUAAGGCAUUGUCAGUGUAAAAUGCAUGUAUGCAAACUCAAAUAUGAACAAAAAGUUAACUUUGCUCCUGCCUUCCCCUUGGAAGACCCUAAAAGUUAAUACAGGAAACCCAGGAGUAACCAAACCGUCAAGUUUACUUCUAUUUCCUAUAUUCUCCUGUGGCUACACAGACGUAUUUAAACUGCGUCCAUCGGCUGCUGUGCGUAGUCCCCUGUUCCUGUCCCUCAGCGUCUGCAUUUCCUACCUUGUGUCGAGCCAAUCGGAGUGGUUUCCUAGAAGUAGAACACUCACUGCGCUGGCCCAUGUUUCUGUCGUCUUGCGACGAUUGUUCUGAAGUCUUGAUUUGCAUUCUUCAUUUCUCUAUCACAUUAUGUAUUGGUCACACUUUGCAUUACUGCUUUAACUCUCAACAUUUAUAACCUGCGUAUAUGUAUCACAAAUUGCAUGCAGGCUUGGUAUUCUUAGUAUU